UCAAAAAACCGUUAAAUCAACAAAGAAAAAAAAAAAAUGCUUUGCUCUGUUUCCACACUACACCUUUUCCCUCACCCAAACUCAAACUCACCCACUUCGCAAAACCUUCACAAUCUUCUCCACAGCUUCAACACCCCAUUUGAGCUCAAACAGCUCCAUGCCCACCUCAUCAAAACCAACACUCCUCUCUCUACUCUUCCUCUUCCUCUCACUAAGCUCGCUCUCGUUACUGCUCUCACUCCCGAUUUUCCUUAUGCCCAACGCGUCUUCAAACACCUCGAUAAGCCUGAGAUUGUGUUCUGGAAUUCCUGUCUGAAGGCGUGGGCAGAAGGGCAGUCCCCAUUUGAUGCAAUCUUGCUUUUCUAUAAGUUAAGGGAAUUCGACAUUGUUCCUGAUGAUUUCACUUGUUCUUUCGUUCUUAAAGCGUGUGCGGCUUUAUCCGAUGUUUUGAAUGGCAGGAUUGUUCAUGGGUACGUGGAGAAACUCGGGUUUCGAUCUAAUUUGUUUUUACAGAACAUGAUUGUUCAUUUGUAUGCUUUGUGUGGCACGAUGGGUGAUGCACGGUUGUUGUUUGAUAAAAUGUCUCAGAGAGAUGUCGUGACGUGGAAUAUAAUGAUAAGUCAGUUGGUGAAGGGUGGGGAUGUUGAGGGGGCUUUUGAGUUGUUUUCGGUGAUGCCCGAGAGAAAUGUGAGGUCGUGGACUGUGAUGAUUGCAGGUUAUGUACAAUGUGGGAAGCCUAAGGAGGCUAUUCAUUUGUUUAUGGAGAUGGAGGAGGCAGGUUUGAGGCCAAAUGAGGUGACAGUGGUGGCUGUUCUUUCAGCUUGUGCUGAUUUGGGUGCCUUGGAUUUGGGCAGGAGGGUUCAUGAGUAUUCAAACUGUAGUGGGUUUAGGCGAAAUGUUCGUGUUUCAAACACUUUGAUUGAUAUGUAUGUCAAAUGUGGAUGCUUGAAGGAUGCUUGUACAGUUUUUGAUGAGAUGGAAGAACGGACAAUUGUAUCAUGGUCAGCCAUGAUUUCAGGGCUUGCAAUAUACGGGCAAGCCGAGGAAGCUUUGAGCCUAUUUUCUAAGAUGGUUCAGAUAGGCAUGAAGCCGAAUGAUGUAACCUUCAUUGGACUAUUGCAUGCUUGUAGUCACAUGGGAAUGAUAGACAAGGGGCGUGAAUUUUUCAACAGCAUGACUAGAGAUUAUGGGAUUAUUCCCAGAAUUGAGCAUUAUGGUUGUAUGGUUGAUCUUUUCAGUCGGGCAGGCCUUCUCCAAGAGGCAUAUGAGUUUAUAAUGAACAUGCCUAUCAAACCCAAUGGGGUUGUGUGGGGAGCUUUGCUUGGUGGAUGCAGAGUUCACAAAAACAUUGAACUGGCUGAAGAAGCAAUCCAACACCUUUUGGAACUGGAUCCAUUAAAUGAUGGAUACUACGUGGUUUUAUCAAACAUUUAUGCAGAAGCUGAACGCUGGGAAGACACAGCAAAGGUGAGAAGGUUGAUGAGAGAUCAAGGUGUGAAGAAAACACCUGGGUGGAGUUCAAUCACAGUAGAUGGAAUGCUUCAUGAGUUUGCUGCAGGGGAUGAGUCCCAUCCUCAAGCAGAGGAAAUAUUUCAGAUGUGGGGAAAACUACUUCAAAAAUUAAAGAUAAAAGGAUAUGUCCCAAAGACUUCAAUUGUUCUUCUGGAUGUAGAAGAGAAUGAGAAGGAGAAAUUUUUAUAUCGCCAUAGUGAGAAAUUAGCACUGGCUUUUGGGUUGAUGAAAACACCACCCGGAAUGCCAAUUAGGAUCAUGAAGAAUCUUCGUGUUUGUGAAGACUGUCAUGCUGCUAUGAAACUUAUCUCGGGGAUUGUUAAUAAAGAGAUAAUUGUGCGUGACAGGAACCGUUUCCAUUGUUUUAAAGAUGGUUCUUGUACUUGUAAUGAUUACUGGUAGUGGUUUCCCUUGGUGAAUUUUAUGUGAUUUCAAUGGUUUGAUAUCAAACAAAUUAUUCUGUCA